AUGAUAUCUACGUUGAAGAAUGCGUUGUGUAGUGGGAAUGAGACGAUGGCCGACGCUGUUAACACGUUGAAGUUAUUGAUAGAUUUGGCAGGAAUGAAGCUGACGUAUUGGAGGAAACAAAUUGGGGAGAUGGUGAAUACAAUAUGGCUGAUGGCCGAUGAUCAUAGUUUGAAGAAAGAGACGAGGCGUUUGGCCAUUGGUCCAGCUGAGAAAACGAAUCUCAGGCAGCUGAAACUUGGGACGGAGUUUGAAAUUAAUAUGGAGGAGCUGUGGGACGAUAAUAAGGAGACGGAUAACUAUGGGUCUUGGCAGGGGUGUGUGGAUAGGCUGUCGAUUUUGUCGCAUAUGAUUGAGAAUGGUAUUUUGACUGUUGCUUUGGAAGUGUUACCGGGGUAUUUGGUUGCUCCUGAGUGGCAAAAGGAGCAUGCGGGCGGCAUUCAUUGUGCUCAGAAGGAGUAUAGAGAGAGGCCGCCGUGA